CUUUACUGAAUCUGUUCGGGAGCGGAGUCCUGCUUGACGUGGAGAGUCUUGUAACUUGUUUCGGUCUCGACACUUCAGGAGCAUCCACACAUGUCCCCAAAGGUCUAUAAAAGAACUAUGACCUCAGUGUUUGGAGCUGGUUCCUACUAACAGAAGGAAGAGCACCAUGUGUGUCGACUGGGAUAUGAUCAUCUUCCAGCCGUAGGUGGUGUGCCUGCCCACCCCUGGCUAGCACCUCCUGCCUACUGCAACACUUGGCAAAGCUCUGGGAUUUAUCUGUACACUGCCUCUAUGCAAGACCAGUCAUUGAUAUCCAGCUCACUUUGGAUAUUUUAAUAAGAGACUCUUUGAUGCAUACUUGUAUGUGUUGACAUAUUGUGUACAAAAGCAGAAGCAGAUCCUAUUAUAUUUUGGUAUUUUCAUUGUUUGAGGAGAUCCAUCAUUGUAUAGAUAAAAAGGUAUAAGUUUUCAGAGAAAUAUAUCAAAGUCAUUAUUGGCUGUAACCAAGGUUGUAACCUUUGUCUGAGGGUCAAAGGGACUUUGUUAUUGUGAUAAAUUACAGGAUUACAGAUCCCAGUAACAUCUGUUAUAUUCCACAACUUCCAUCAACCAAUUAGGCUUGCGCUGUUUGACAAUAACGAUGAUGAUGAAAGAGCACCAUCUAGAAGGAACCAAAAAUUUUCAAUAAGGAAACAAGUUGAAUGUGGAGUAUAGAGCCAGCAGCCUAGUUUGUCUCAGAGUUCGGCAACUGCUACGCAUUAAUUCAACUGUGAUAAUUGUUGGAGAUAUCCCUCCCUACUAAUGUGCAAAGUGGACAGGGGAUGAAUUUGUUGUACCUGUGAACAUAAGCCAUUACAGUAUCAUUUUCAUUUAUUUGUUUUCAUUUUCAGUCAUAAUUAUUUCAUAUAUUUAUAUUGAUUAUUUAUAAGGAUGAUGAUGAUGAUGAUGAUGAUGACCUAAUGUUACUUUGUUAAGAGUUUCCUUGAAAAGGUUUUAUUUAGGGGGGUGGGGUGAUCUCCUUUUCAAGUGUGUGCGACUGACUGUUAAUUGUAAGUUUUCCUUAGCGGAAAUAACCCAACUCUUGUGAUACACAGACCGAACGAGGUGUUUAAUAGCUUCACUGGAGGCUUGGAAGUCUCUUUUUUAGUGGUUAGUUAACACUUUUUGCUAAAUAAUUAGACCAGUCUCUCAUUUUGAGAAGACAAUAAAGGCUUGAUUAGCAAUAUUCUAUAUAACUGAGACGCAGGACUGCAAAGUAGUUUAUAGGUAGGUUUUAGUAGUCAGUCAUACUGUUUAUGUAAGACAAAGAAACUAUUUUGACUUCCUAUUGGUAAAUCAUGUGAAUGAAAAAAUCCUGUCUUGACAUACAUGGCUCAUUGGACAUUUAUGAGAUCAAAAUUUUUAUUCUGAAGCUUUUGUGUGUAUUAGUGUGUUUAUAUUGUGAAACAAGAGUCCCAAGUCUAGCAUUACAAAUUUCAAAAAUAAUUCCAUUAGAAGAGAUAAAAUAAGGUUGAAGGAAAGAUUGAUAACUGUGUUUAAACAUCUGAAUAGAUGUUUUAGAUUGCUUUUUGGAUAUGUAAGCUAUAAGAAGACUUAGGUUUAAGUCUAGAUUACUGAUUGAUGUUGGAAAAGAUUGUGUUAUUUGUCUGGAAUGGUUCUUGUAGGCCAUUAUCAUAUGGGUGUGGUGCUGGGGCGCGGGAGGUUUGGUUGGGUGUCACGAGCCACCCACCACAUCAUCGGACGGCCAGUUGCGGUGAAGCACCAGCCAUGGGCAGUUGAUGGAAUCAGUUGUGGUGGUGAGGCUGGUGAACACAAAGACUGCCAGCAUGUGGAGGUGACAAAGUGCCGUGCUGCACUAGAGAAUGAAGCAGCUCUCCUGGCUCGAAUCUCGCACCCAUCUAUCGUGGCACUGAUGGAGGUCGUACGUGGUCCUUCUGGUGUGUACGUGUGCUUAGAGGAUCUGGGAGACACAAACCUUGCCACAUUGGUAUUACAACACUUUGAGAGCAAAAACACUGGACUUGGUGAAUCUUUUACAUCAACAGUAUUUAGGCAAGUGGCAGCUGGCUUACACCACUUGCACAGUCAAGGGAUAUUGCAUCGUGAUGUAAAGCCAGAGAACAUAAUGGUGGUUCCUGGCACAAAAUAUGUUGCUCCAGUUGCAAAACUGAUUGACUUGGGUUUGGCUAUGGCAUGGGAACCUUCAUCUCCCCUCAAUACUGCACGGACAUGUGCUGGGACUGUCAAUUAUUUAGCCCCAGAACUUACCUUGUCAGCACACAAUUAUGGCCCUGAGAUAGAUGUAUUCAGCCUGGGAGCCUCUCUCUACUUUACCCUUAUUGGAGAGACUCCCUUUAUCGAAUACAAGCGCAAUGGAAGACGGGGCACAACUGCAGUCUAUGGCCUCCAACUACAUCAUGAGGAUGCAAUAGACACUCUGUCACGGCAGGCAGGUGUUGUGCUGCAUGCCAUGAUGGACACCAACCCCAAGACAAGAUGGAAUCUGCCAAAUCUCCUAGAUUAUAUCUGGUUCAAUAUUCCAUAUAAAGACCUUCAAAAGCGCAAAGAAGGGUACCUCUUCAAGAACAAGAACUCAAGUGAAAGAAAGAACAACAGCAAGGCAAGUGAAUUCAAGAACUCAAGCACAGACUCAGAGGAAGACUUAGGUUAUGCAUCAAGGUUUAGGGGUUCCCGGAUGAGGUCCAACUUUGCACAUGGUUAUGGACCAAACAAUAGUGGGAUUAGUAGUGAGUUAAGUGAGAGUUACAACAGCUGUGAUGACGUUAGUACUUACAACAACAGGAAGCAGAGCUACUGGGUUGACAAACAGUGUGUUGAACUGGUUUCAUCUCUCUUGAAAAAAGAUGCUGAAGAUGUGUUGCAUAAACUGUGGGAGGAACCUUGGGGUCCUGUUGGUGGUAUGUACAAUUUGCUGCUUCAUGCUGGGGAGCCUCCUUGCCUUGAACAUAAUUAGCUUAGCAAUGCUGAUGUUGUCUUAACUAGUUAAGACUUCAGAUACCAGAAACAACCAUGAGGCAUUCAUUGGACAAAGAUUUUGAUGAAAGAGAAAUACAUCCUAAAGAAAGAGCGGAAAA